AGUUUGCGUGCGGUUUCCGUGAAAAGUGGAUCGUGACGGAAACUUCGAAGAAAACACUCGAUCACGUGUGAAAAACUGUAAUGUAUUUAUUUAAAAAAAAGGAACUAUGAGGCUCGUUACGUGUGGAGUGUGGUUACUAACUCUAUUUUUAUAUGUCGAUUGUGAUAACUGGCAGGAGUGGUGGACUUACGAUGGUAUCUCUGGUCCUGGAUACUGGGGAUUGAUGAAUCCUCAAUGGAAUAUGUGCUCAAAAGGAAGACGACAAUCUCCCAUCAAUGUAGAGCCAGAUAAAUUGUUAUUUGAUCCAUACCUUCGACACAUCCACAUAGAUAAACAUAAAGUAAAUGGAAUGCUACAUAAUACCGGUCAGUCAUUGGUAUUUCGGAUAGAUAAAGAUAGUAAAACACUCGUUAAUAUAACAGGAGGACCAUUAGCGUAUCGGUAUCAAUUCGAAGAAAUUUAUAUUCAUUAUGGUACUGAAAAUCAGCAAGGUUCUGAGCACUAUAUUCAUGGGUAUUCGUUUCCUGCAGAGAUUCAAUUGUAUGGUUUUAAUAAAGAAUUAUACCAUAACAUGUCAGAAGCGCAGCACAAAUCACAGGGUAUUGUUGGUAUUUCGUUAAUGGUACAGAUUGGUGACAUGCCAAAUCCGGAGCUGCGAAUCAUCACGAGUGUCUUCAAUAAGGUUCUAUUUAAGGGUGCCUAUACACCGAUAAAGCAUCUAUCUCUAAGAAGUCUUCUGCCAGAUACAGAACGCUUCAUGACUUACGAGGGAUCGACCACCCAUCCCGGUUGUUGGGAGACGACGGUCUGGAUCAUACUUAACAAGCCCAUUUAUAUUACCAAACACGAGUUAUACCAACUACGCAAAUUAAUGCAGGGUUCGGAAGAAGCGCCGAAAGCUCCCUUGGGAAAUAACGCUCGUCCUGUGCAGCCUUUACACCAAAGAACUAUUCGGACAAAUAUUAACUUUAGAAACUCCGACAAACCCAGCUGUCCCUCCAUGCACAAGGAGAUGUAUUACAAAGCUAACAAAUGGACGCCCAAUGUCAAAGAGCAACACCCGUAUCAUACACUCCAUUCGCUACAUUGAAACUCAAGGAGCUUCUCUCCCGAGAACGUUAUGAGCUACGAGGGUCGCCCACUGUGUAAAUACUUCGUGCAAAAAGACAUAUUUUGUGAUACGUAUGCAAUAAUGACCAAAGUGUUUUAGCGUGAUUGAUAAACAGCGAUGUAAUAAAUUUGUAGAUGCCACUGAAACCGAAAAUAAACACUAUUCAAAUUUCGAUACACUAGAAAUUAUAUCAACUGACAUUUUUAGUACGAGGGUAGUUGGUUUUUCAACCCCAAUGAUUCAGUAUAAUGAUUGUUAUGUAAAGCAUCUUUUUUUAACAAAUUCACUCACUAGCGAUAUAUCUUGACCAGGUUUUAAGUCCAAUAGCUUUCUCUUGGUUAGUAUAUGUGUUCUAUGGAUCCAGAAGUUCAUGUCUUACAGAUAGGAUUCCAGUUCGGGAGGUUUUUUCCAAUUUCCAUACAUUAAAUCAAAUCUAAGGAAUGCUGAACACACUGUUUACAUUCAGUCUCUCUGAAGACGAUAACUUGGUUACUGAAACGCGCGUCAGGCAGUGUAAUUGUUUGUGUUGGUGUGAACAGUGUGUUCAUUACGUUAAAUGCUUGGGAAUAUCUACGAUUUUUGUCUUCAAAAGAUUUAUAUUGUAUUGUUCUAAAUUUAUCAGUUCUAUUUUCCCUUUUGGUAAUUUUUCCAAUAGUAAAAAAAUGUUUAGUCUGUAAACUGUAUCUUCAGCAGUGGAAAAUCAGGAUUUCUGGGAGAUUUUUUGGGGUUUACAUAUACAGUUAUUGAUAUGGAGAGUCCGGAGAAGCUUCAACUUCAGUUUCAGCUAAGUAUUGGAAAACACAUUGGAUUUUUAUUGUGGUUUUUCACUCGUAGAUCUUCGAGAGUAAGCAUUUGUUUUAUUUUUAGUUUGCAAACUGCGUUUCCAAAUAAUAUUAUUUGUGCAGCUUGUUCAUAAAUCUAUUUAAAGAAAAAUUCAGCUUUGUCAAAGAUAUUUGAAGAGUUCGUAUUCGGUUUCAGUGGUGAUUUCCCAAAAAUAUUGUGGGUUUUUCAAUAAUAAUGUAAAUGAUAUAAAACUUUUGUUAUUUCUCCUUCAAGUAUCUUAACUCAAAUUUGCACCAAGUUUCCUCAUCUUUCAGUGAGUUCUUCGAAGAAACAUUUAAAAACAGCCCCCUCAUUUAAAUCAAACAUUUCUUGCAUUAUAAGUUCAUAUAAAACUUUUCUUUCGAGGAUAGUAAGUCACCUAGGAUUUUGUACUUUUAUCCCUUAACGUACUUAACGUAAUUCAAGAGAAAAUAGGGCGCGAGUAAGAUCACUUAUAAAAGUAACUGAAGUGUGAAGAUAGCGAAAAUUGCUUAGUCCAGAAAAAUGACUACACUGUAUAUUAUUUCCGGUUCGUUGACUGAAACUGAAGGAAUUAUUAAAAGAGUGUUCAUAUUAUAAUAAUGUAACUGUAUAAAAAUUUAUUCCAGUUUCUAUCACAAAAAAAUUCUUUUGUGUAUUAAUUAUAUAGAAAUGUAUGUUAUUCAUUGUUUUAUGGAACUUUUAUUUCAUUAUCUCUGCCCUAUAUUGUUUUUUGUUGUCUUCUACUGUAUUUUGUCAUAUUUUCUGAUCUACUCUUAUCUUUAUUGUUUAAUUUGUUAUUCACUAUUCUCUUUUAUAGUCAAUGAUUAUAUUUUAUGUCUUUUAUUGUUUUUUUUGUACCUAUUUGACUUUUAUUUGUUUGUUCUAAUAUUAUUUUCUGUUCCCUCCUGCUUUUUUUAUUGUCUUUCAUUAUCCACAUCAUAUAUUACUACAUUUUGUUAUCUUUCUCUCUCUUAUUAUCCUUUCCGUUGUUUUUCAUUUCAUUCUAUUACUCGCUCCCAUUUUACUGUUGAGUUUCUUAUCGACCAUUAUCUUUUAUUAUCUUCUGUCAUUUUUCAUUCCUUUUUUGAGUCUUUCAUUGUUUUUUCUUGAACUCUGUUGUCUUUAUUUGUUUAUUAUUAAAUACUAGCUUUUCGGCCUUCAUAUUGUCAUCUUUUAUUACCUUUUGUAGUCUUUCUCUUUAUUUUCAUACUUUUAAUUGUCUUUUCUUAUAUUUUAUAGUCUGCUCCCGUUUUUAUUUUUAAAAUUCUCUUAACUACCAUUGUUUUCUGUUACUUUCCAUUUCUUUUAUAUGUCUUCAUUGUUUUUUAUUGGUCUCUGUAACCUUUAGUCAUUUGUAAUUAACUCACGUUAAUUUCUGUUCCCUCUAUUUGUUUUUCGUUGUCUUCGAAUGUCUUCUGUUGCUUGUUGUUCUCUGACACUAUUUUUUGUUCCCUCUAGUUGUUUUUCGUGAUCUUCGAGUUACUUUUUGUUGUCUGACACAAUUUUUUGUUCCCUCUAGUUGUUUUUCGUUGUCUUCGAGUUACUUGUUGUUGUCUGACACUGUUUUCUGUUUCCUCUAGGUGUUUCUCGUUGUCUUCUGUUGCUUGUUGUUAUCUGACACUAUUUUUUGCUCCCUCUAGUUGUUUUUCAUUGUCUUCGAGUUACUUGUUGUUGUCUGAUAUUAUUUUCUGUUCCCUCUAGGUGUUUCUCGUUGUCUUCUGUUGCUUGUUAUUGUCUGACACUAUUUUUUGUUCCCUCUAGUUGUUUUUCGUUGUCUUCCAGUUACUUGUUAUUGUCUGACACUAUUUUCUGUUCCCUCUAGUUGUUUUUCGUGGUCUUCGAGUUACUUGUUGUUGUCUAACACUGUUUUCUGUUUCCUCUAGGUGUUUCUCUGUUGCUUGUUGUUAUCUGACACUAUUUUUUGCUCCCUCUAGUUGUUUUUCAUUGUCUUCGGGUUACUUGUUGUUGUCUGAUAUUAUUUUCUGUUUCCUCUAGGUGUUUCUCGUUGUCUUCUGUUGCUUGUUAUUAUCUGACACCAUUUUUUGUUCCCUCUAGUUGUUUUUCGUUGUCUUCGAGUUACUUAUUAUUAUCUGAUACUAUUUUCUGUUCCCUCUAGUUAUUUCUCGUUGUCUUCUGCUGCUUGUUGUUGUCUGAUACUAUUUUCUGUUCCUUCUAUUUGUUUUUCGUUGUCUUUGAAUUUCUUCUGUUGUUUCUUGUUGUCUGUUAUUAGCUUCUUUAGGUCCUUUUUUUAACUUUUAUUGUCUUCUCUUCUAUUUUGAUGAUUUUUCUCAUCUAUUGAUGCUGUAUAUUCCUCGAGAUGAUCUCCAUUGUCUUUUAUCAUUUUUUCUUAUCUUUUAUCAACUUUCAAGGUCUUUUGAUGCCUGUUUUGGUCUCUAUUUUUUUUUUAUUCAAACUAUUUUCUUUUUUCUUAUAUUAUUGUGAAACCCACCAUGUUUAUAGCUAUAAAUAUAUAAAAUUUUUCACAAACAACGUCUUCAAAAUAUUCCAUUAAGUGAUUAAGUAUGAAAACAAAUUGAUCGAGGCACAUCGACAAGUAAAUAUUUUACGUAAAAUGAAAUUUGAGAAACUGGAGGUUUUUCCACAUCGUUUAUUAUGGUGUUUGUGAAAAAUAAAGCACGUAGUGAUGACCGGUAUUUUUACCUUCAACUUUCAUAAAAUAACAUUUUGGAAGGAGGAAUUUUAUUCUUAAUUAUGUUUACAUUAUCUUUAACUUUACAUAAAGUUUUUACGAGGAGAAAUUUUUACAUUCUGGAUACCUGAUUGCAUCCCAAUCUAAUAUUGUUUCCUUAAAACCAAGUAUUAAGUGUUGAAUGGUUGCUAUACGCAUUUAAGCAGCUAACUGCUUUUUUCUUUUAUCAUGACCCUUCACCAUGAAGCUCAGUCAAUUGCCGAUGAAUCUUCACUGGUGGUAAUCAUUAUGCUAGGCAGUGUUGUCGGUUUUGGCACAUUUUCUCGUGGAUAUGAGAAACUGACAAUUCUAAAAAUAGUAGCAGAGUGUAAUUUCACGUUAUUAAAUAUAUCGCUCAUCACUAUAUAUUAUGAAUGUUGCCCAAAAACAAUCUUAUGCGUAGAUAUUUUCGUUAGAUGAAUAAAUAAUUAAAUUCAGUCUCUAUAAACGCUGUAAAUAUUUAACACAUUCGUUUGGGGUGUGACGAUUUAACAAUAAUACGAUCGUGUAUGUCCAGUAAAUAUAUUAACCAAAAAGAGAAUAAAAAAAAAGAAGAAGUAAAUAAAUUGUAAGUCAAUAUUAUAUGAAUUAAGAAGGACUAUUUUUUGCUAGGAAACUCGUUUAUAUUAUAUCGAUAAAAAUGUUAUAAAAAAUGCUGUUGAUCGUUCGGUUCGUUUUUUAUACCGCCUUUGUCAGCAGAGAUAAAAUCAUCCUCAUAUUCUGUACGAAAUAUAUUUUCUCUCCAAAAUUAUACUGUCGAAAAUCUGAUAUCUUCGUAAUUUGUUUAAAUUUUUUCCAUUUGGAAAAGUUUUACAUAAUUGGCUGAGAUGUUUUUGAUGUAAAUAUGAAUAUUUUACUUAACUGUAUAAUCGAGGGGGGUCAAAUAUAAAGCGAUUAUCUGCUUUCUGGUAUUUAGUUCAAGAGAAAGAAAUAUUCAAAACGUUAGUCAACUAUGGAAAGCUUGCACAAUUCCUAUUUAUUACUAUUUAUAUAUUACACAAAAUAUCUGGAAAUUGCAGAUAUUUCACUGAAAUAUUUGAAUUAGAAACUGGAAUUGAUAAUUGUUGUUGAAAAUUUGUCAAUUUUAUUAGAAAUAUUCAUGAUGCUCACAUAUUUACGAGAAAUUGCAUGAUUUUUACAAAAAAAUUUAUAAAGUUAACAAUUUUUUUGGUAAAAUGUACAAAUUUUCAAACGAAUUCUAUGAUUUUCGCAAUUUUUCAAAUAAGUGGGCAGAUUUUUCAAGAAUAUCUAUGAUAUUCGAAUUUUUUUAGAAGUGAUUGAAUUUUUCGAAAAAAUUCCAUGCUGUUUGGAGUUUUUUGAGAAAUUGAUCAAAAUAUCUCGAAAUUCCAUUCUAUUCCGCGAUUUUUCGACAGAUUUUCUGAAUAUAUCAAUGAUUUUUUCAAUUUCUCAAAAAGUGGACAGAUUCCUCAAAAAAACUGGACAGAUUUUGCCCAAAUGUCCAUAAAUUUUGCAAUUUUUCUAAAAUAUGGACAGAUGUUCCAAGAAUAUCAAUGAUUUUCUUAAAUUUUCGAAGGAGAAAUUUUGCAAAAAUAUCCAUGAUUAUCGAAAUUUUUCUGAAAAUUGGUCAAAUUUCCUAAGAAUAUCAAUAGUUCUCGCAAUUUUUCAAAAAUGUGGACAGAUUUUGCAAAAGUAUCUAUGAAUUUCGAUGUUUUUGAGAAAAGUUCACAGAUUUUCCAAAAAUAUCCAUAAUAUUCGCAGGUUUUUUGGGAAAAAAAUGAAGAAAUCUGCUAAAAAUCCGUGAAGUACAUAAUUUUUCAAAAAAUUAAAAAAAUACUUCCAAAAUAUCCACGAUUUUUCCAAUUUUCCAAAAAAGUUUACGGAUUUUUCAAGAAUAUCCAUGAUUAGUGGAAUUUCUCAGAAAAAGGAACAGAUUUUCCAAGAAUAUCAACGAUUUUCCUUUUUUUUGAAAAAUGUACUGAUUUUCCAAAAAAUAUCCCAGAAAAAUUGAUAGAUUUUUCAAAAUUAUUCUAAAUUCUGGCAAUUUUUUAGACAAUUGACCAUAUUUUCCAAAAAUAUCCAUAAUAUUCUCAAUUGCUCAGAAAAGGGGACAUAUUUUGGAAGAAUAUCAAUAAUUCUCCCAAUUUUUCAGAAAAGUAAACAGAUUUUUGAAAAAUAUCAAUGGUUUUUUCAUUUUUUGUUUUUGAGAAAAUGUGUGAAUUUACCAAAAAAUAUCCAUUAUUAAAGGAAUUUCUCAGAAAAAUUGAUAGACAAUUGACCAUAUCUUCCAAAAAUAUCCAUAAUAUUCUCAAUUGCUCAGAAAAGUGGACAUAUUUUCGAAGAAUAUCCAUGAUUUUCCCAAUUUUUAGAAAAGUAAACUGAUUUUUAAAGAAUAUCAAUGAUUUUUCCAUUUUUUUUUGAAAAAUGUGCGGAUUUGCCAAAAAAUAUCCAUUAUUCGAGGAAUUUCUCAGCAAAAUUGAUAAAUUUUUCAAAAUUAUCCAAAAUUCUGGAAAUUUUUCAGACAAUUGACCAUAUUUUUCAAAAAUAUCCAUAAUAUUCUGAAUUGCUAAGAAAAGUAGACAUAUUUUUGAAGAAUAUCCAUGAUUUUCCCAAUUUUCAGAAAAGUAAACACAUUUUUAAAGAAUAUCAAUGAUUUUUCCAUUUUUUUUUUUGAAAAAUGUGCGGAUUUACCAAAAAAUAUCCAAUUGAACAUAUUUUCGAAAAAUAUCCAUAAUAUUCGCAAUUGCUCCGAAAAGUGGCCAAAUAUUCAAAGAAUACCUAUGAUUUUCCCAAUUUUUCAGAAAAGUAGAGAGAUUCUCCAAGAAUAUCCAUAAUUUUCGCAAUUUCUUAGAAAACUCUACAGAUUUUACAAAAAAAUCCAAGCCAUUUGCUUUUUUCGAGAAAAAUGAACAAAACCUUCUAGCAUUAUCCCUGAUUUCUGCAAUGUUUGGAAAUAUCCACGAAAUUAACAAUUUUUAAGAAAAUUACACAAAUUUCCUGAAAAUAUCAAUGUUUUGAGAAAAUUGCGAUAAAUUCCUAGAAAUAUCUGGAAAGAUUGGUAAAAUUUUGAGAAAAUACUUGUAUUUUCUUGACAAUAACCUAAAUUUCUGAAAAAAAAAUAAAAAAAUUUACUUUCAACCCUCGUAUUCAAAAUUAAAUUCAUAACUGUCUCAAUGCUCCAGCUGAAAUAUUCGUCUAUAAAAACCCGUUACGAUUUAGUUAAAACUGAAACGAACAACUGGUAACUUGACGAAACUGUCCAGAUGUCUCUUAAAUGAAAUUCUCAAAUAAGUCUUCCGAAUCUAAUAGAUAAUAAACUUCCCUUUUUACACGCCGCUACACAAUUUCGAAUUCAAAUAGACUAGAAUUCUUUGACGAAUAAUUAAUUUUAUAAAUUCAAAUCCGUCGACGUCAACCAAAUAAUCCGUUCGCCGUUAACAAAAAUUAAGACCGAAGAAAAGGACACAAAAAUCAGUCGGAUUCGAUUAUAGGAAUUCAUUAUUUGAUUAAGAAUUUUCUUUAUUUCCUAUUCGUUUUAGUUCGACUUGUUAAUUAUAGCUGUGGGCAAUACACCUUCGUCGAAUUCGGAAAGGGUAGCUAUGUUUGCAGUAGAUUUAGCUGUUACCGCGCGCUAUGAUGUAAUGCUAGUUGUAUAGUUGUUUCUGAUUUACUCUACGAACUGGUUGGUUUCGUGUGUGUGUGUGUAUGUGUGUGUAUUUAAACAGAGAUUUGCUUUUAAUCUACAGCUCGAGGCACGUUUCAGUUCGGACAUUAAUUUUUUAUACACCAAAUCGGAUAUAUGUAUACGGAACUUUGUCAUUAAAUUUAAAUAAGUAUCAGAAUAUUUUGAUAAAGACUUAAAAAGAUCGAAACUACAAUUUUUAUUAAUAUUCGAAAGCUUAGGAAACAUAUUUUAAAAAGAGUGUUUGAUUUACCUCACUCCCACAAACUAAAACGAUCUCUCAACAUGCCUUAUAAUCCCAAAGCUUAUAAUCGCUCUACUACUAUCAUUUAUCUAGUGAAUUUUCUCAAUUAAUCAUGCCUUGUUUAAAUUUUUUCACGUGAAACUAAAGACAAAUACUAAUUCUUAAAUAAAGCGAAAACAAGAGGGAAACUUUACAUUCGCGUAGUCCCAGAGGUGCCUAUCGUAUGAAGAUAUUUAUCUUGAACUUCUGUUGGUUGUAGUCUUCGGAGAAGACGCGUUUGGGUAGCUUAUUCUACAGGUUUGAACUUCCCCUUGUAGAAGACGCUAGAUGCUGUUGCUUUUUGGUCUUGGAGAGGACAAGUUCAACACCAGUCUAUUGGAUCGGUCUUUGAGAAAGCUACUAAACUAAUCGAUAAAUGAGGACGACAAUCCUCACGAUCUUAAUUUGAGCAUGCCAGACCUUGUCAGAAGCUUUCAACAUGUCCAGAGCGAUUGAUCAAAAUCAAGGUGUACCUUCCAACUUCUUCAGUUUACGGACCAGAAAGAUCUUGAUUCAUUUGGGCAAUUGAGAAGUUUGGUUUUCACUCUUCCAUUAUAUCGUUUUUAGCAAGCAGAGUUUGUACGAUUUUUGUACUUGAAUUUGAGCAAUAAACAGCAUUUUUAAAUAUGUUCGAGCUUAACUAGGCUCCAAUUAGAUAAAUUUUGAUCUUUUUCUUUCUUUUCUACACAAUCAUCAGACCUUUUCUCAUUUACACACAAAUUCUUAAACAAGUUAUGUUCAAUACCACCUGGUAUGAACUAUGUAACCAGCGCCCUCUAUGAGAGUCAUUUUUUUUUAAAAACCAUAUAAACGAAAAACAUUAGAACAUGAUUUGAUUGGAGGAUGAUUUUAUCGAGAUCCGAAUUGUUUAUGCUUCGUAAAGUAGCAC